CAGAAGAUGCAGCGCUUCUUUGGGUUGCCGCCAAGUGGAGAGCUGACCAAUGAGACUCUGGCAGUGAUGAAGAGGCCACGCUGCGGUCUGUCAGAUGUGGAGCGAUUUGGGGAGACAAUUCGCUGGAAGAAGAGAACCCUCAGCUACAGGAUCGCUGGCUACAACCUUCCCUUCUCAACCUCAAAGGUUCAGAAAGUCUUCAGGGCGGCGUGGAAGCUCUGGUCCAACGCUGCAGCGAUGAAAUUUCGCAAGCGGAACAGGAAAGAGGCUGAUAUCGUCGUCUCAUUCCACAAUGGAGAUCAUGAAGAUGGCUCACCUUUUGAUGGCACAGGAGGAAUCCUGGCGCAUGCCUUCCUGCCUGGGGUUGGUAUUGGUGGAGACGUACACUUUGAUGCAGAGGAAGACUGGAGUCUAAAUUCUACGGGUUUCAACCUUUUUGCUGUAGCAGUCCAUGAAUUUGGCCAUGCGCUUGGCCUGCCCCACUCUGAUGAUCCCGGAGCGAUCAUGUACCCAUCAUACAAUUUUGCCCCCAAUAAUGAAAUUCGGCUCUCCUUCCGCGACGUCACAGAUGUCCAACACCUGUAUGGUAUCAGUCCAAAAUUUGCUUCACUGUUCUCAAAAAGACCGCCUCCAAGAACACCUGACAAAUGUGAUCCACAUCUGUCCUUUGACGCUGUUACAGAGUUACAACAGGAGGUCAUAUUUUUCAAAGAUAGAUUUAUGUGGCGCAGACAUCCUCAGUUUGAUGACACAAGAAUCACCCUGAUUGGCAGUCUUUGGUCAGACAGUGUACCCAACUACUUGGAUGCUGUCUAUGAGAACAUGGAGAGGAGUGUUAAUGUGUUUUUCAAAGGUCAUCAAUACUGGGUAAUGAGGCAACUAAAACUUGAGGAGGGAUUCCCAAGAAACAUCUCAGACUUGGGCUUCCCCUCCAGAAUCAAAUCUGUAGAUGCCGCUCUUCACUUCCGACUAGGCAGCUACACUAUAUUCUUCACUGGCCAUGAGUGUUGGAGGUACAAUGAGCAGCAGAAGACGAUGGAGGGAUUACCGACACUUAUAGAGCACCAGUGGCCGGGGAUUCCAACUCCCAUAGAUGCAGCUGUCUUCUUAGAGGGACAUGUGCACUUCUUCAAAGGAAACGUCCACUACAAAUUUGACCCUAACUCCAAAUAUGUGACCACCAGCCCUGCCAAGGACAUGCUGGACUGCAAGAACAAUGACGACAAUGAAAUACUGAAAAAGAGGAGAUGA